UUUUUAAUUUUUGUUUCCCCUCCUGAUUAAUUAAUUCGUACUAUCCGCCGUAACUGCUUCUGUCUUUAAAAUUCAAUUCAUUGAUAUCUCACACUCUCAGUUCCCAAAUCUUCCACCUUUCCCUCAAAAUUACAAUGCUCUGAAGCCUGCUCUCACAAAUGGGUUGCUGUCUUAGUUCCACCCAAUCCUUCAGUUCACCUAACAAAUUCCAUUCCAAUUCUGUCAAUGUAAGCAGAGACCCUCCGUCUUCCAUGGAGGAAGAGACCGUCAAAGAAGUGCUCUCUGAAACACCUGCUCUCAAACCGCCGCAGAAGAAUAAUUCUGCACCUGAACAAGAUGAAUUUCGCAAACCACUCGGUGAUGAGAUCGAGAAGAAGCUUUCUGAAAUUCCCAUUAACGGAAUUCCAGAACAGCCUUCUGAAUUCUAUGAAAUUUCCCAUAUGAACAAGUGUAUCUCAGUCUCCGCCGCUACUUUCACUGAUCAAACAGACGGGGGCGGUGAAGUUCAUCAAACGGUUUUGAAAUCAUCGCCAGUGAAGUUGACGAAAAAUCAAUCAGUUUCCAGUGACGUUGAGUUAAAAAGAGAAAUUCAGCAGAGCAGGACACUGACCCGGAGAUCCGACCAGUCACCAGUUCGACGAAAUGGCGCCGUUGGGUCGAUUAGAAUGGUUCAUAACAGAGACAUGAGCCCGGCAAUGGCGCGGCGAGGAUUGAGAGCAGAGCCUCCCCGAAGAGACCCAGAUGAGAACUCCAGCCGGAGAUCCCACUCACCGUCUACCGCUCGUUCUGACAGCGCAGGGUAUAGAUCUGCACUCAGUCGGACACCGUCAGCGAGAAAGUCCGGUAAAUCAUCGCCCAUUACGGCGAUGACAGCGACAAGUCAAAAAGUUGUAGAAGAAAACAAUAUCGUAGAUGGAAAAUUCAACACUCAGAUUGAAUCACUUGAGAACCCUCUGGUUUCAUUAGAGUGCUUCAUCUUCCUCUGAUUUUGUGCGUGGAUUUCACUGAUCUUUCAUUUUUCUUGUUUGAUUGUAUUAAAGUUUUUUGAGUGAACAUUGAAGUAAAUUAAACAACAACGGCGGUGGAUCGCCGGAGAAUUAAUUGAAGGUCACUGGAAAGGUUGGUAUGUUGGAUAUUAAUUUUCAAACUAGAAGUAAAUUAAUGGAAUUAGAUUUAUUUGUUAA